AUGAUCUGCGAGGCCGUGAUUUUGAUCUUGGUGACUUAUGCUUUAUAUAGACUAUUAAUAUCGUAUCUCGAUGUGACGCCGAAUGUAAAGGGGAGAACGGUCUUUAUAACUGGUUGCGACUAUGGGUUUGGACAUGAUCUGGCGCUGAAAUGUCUGCAGAAUGGAAUGACCGUGCUUGCUGGAUGUUUCAGUGAUGAGGUUUGCUAAAUUACAAUAUUACGUGCAUCUGAAAAAUGGUGAAAAUCUGAUGUUAAUUUUUUGAUUUCAGGGAGCCACAAAACUUCGAGCGGAAGCUGCUGGGAUUGGCGGCAAAUCGGCUGGUUCUCAAAGGUAUGAUUUCUAAAAAUUCCAGGACCUUUGCGACACCUAUGCGGAAUUCAAAGUGUCUCAUAAUCAUUAACCCGGGUUAAACGAAAUUUGUCAUGCAAUGGCAACUUGAAACUUAGUAUCUGCAACAAAAACUAAAUUUUUCCUGAAUCUGCCAUAGCGACUAACUGUUCAUUAAAAAAGUGGUAAGCUCAGUAAGUUUCCAAGAGCCCAAAAUUUGUCAAAACUGAUAGCCUAACUCUAUGAAAGUAGGUGCUUCUGGGCCACCCCAAAUUCCGGCUAGCUAAUCCUGCCGUAUGGAAUAUUCCAAACGAUGUUGUGCAUCUUUGUAAAUUCAGGUUCAAGUUUUUUCGAUAGCCGUUUAUAAAAACCUGAGCAUCGCACUUGGGGCGACGCAUGUACUCAAAUUUAAGGCUCUUUAAACCUUUUAACUGGUGCCAUUUCCAAGAGCUUGGCAACUUUCCAGAUAGCCGUUGAGGCAAUUUAGAAACCAAUACACUUUCCUGUGAAACGUUUCCAAGCUUUUUGAUAUUUGCUUUUAUACCGGCAACUUGGGUUGUCUCUGGCACGAGUUGUCCAGAUUCAUAACGCCUUGAAAAUGAGUGUUUUGUGGAAAACAGAUAUAUACAACACCCAAAUUUUUACAACCGUUUAAGCUUUUAUUUGCAGCUCACCUACCGGUAAACUCCACACGAUAAGGGUGGAUGUCACAUCCGACGAGAGUGUAGAAAACGCCAGCAAAGAAGCCACCGCCCUUCUGAAAGGCAAUGGAUUGGAUGCUCUUGUGAACAACGCCGGUAUUGCUGCUAUUGGGCUUGUGGAUUGGAUCACUGUAAAAGAUUACCAGAAAGUUUUGGAUGUCAACUUGUUUGGAGUCAUUCGAACAACCCAAGCUUUUAGCAAGUUGGUCAAAAAGAAUAAGUGAGUUUUAAAAAUUGGAAAAUGAUUUUCAAAACUUUGUUUUCAGAGGACGAAUUGUAAAUGCCUCAAGUAUCUUCUCAUUCCUCUCCUUUGGAACGAUCAGUCAAUAUUGCGUCAGCAAAUUCGCCGUUAGAGCUUAUACUGACGCUCUCAGGUAUGUCAUAAUUUAUUUUAUAUUAUUAUAAUAAGGAAGCUUUAACCCGUCUUGGGGUCACUUUCAGGACCGAAUACAAGCCAUUUGGAGUUACUGUCUGCGCCUUGGAGCCCGGAUUCUACCGGACACAAUUCUCCUCACCGGAGCGAAAUUUGCAGCAGCUGAAAAAGUUGGUCGAUGGUUUGUCAAAUGAAAUAAAAGAAGAAUAUGGGAAUGAGUACUUCGAAAAAAGUAAGGAAUUGAAUGUUUUGAGGUUUCUAAAUUUUGAAAAAUCAAAAAAUUUCAACACGCGCUUUGCAAGAGUAGAAAGUUAUUCCUGUGCCAAACUUCAAUAAAAAGCGUCGCGUUUCGAGCGUUUACCCGGUUGGCUUUGAAACCACAUGUUCAAAAACUCUAUUUUUAGCCCUAAAGCAGAGCUAUGACAUUCUUGAUGCUCUUGCGUCAACCAGAACUUACGAAGUCGUCGAUGCCUACUUCCACGCAGUGACCAGCAACUUCCCACGGACCAUAUAUCAUCUGGGAAGAGACUACUAUUUCUUCUUCUUCCUCUCUCUAUGGCCAUCAGUCGCCAGAGAUUACCUCCAAUAUUUUGGGUCUUGGAUGAAAGGAAUUCCCAAGCCAAAAGGUGCAAGAUGA